AUGCAUAUCUUCCGUCAGCUUGGCUUGUUAGCCCUAAGUGCCAUUCCUCUCGUCUCUUCUGUUGCCAUUGACCUUGAGAAACGUGCACCUGCCAUCUCCGUCACCCUAUCUUCAGUAUCCAACACCGUUGUGAAAGCCGUGGUCAAAAACACCGCCAGCGAGUCCGUGAGCCUACUCAAGUCCGGCUCCAUCCUCGACUCCGCACCCGUGGAGAAGGCCACCGUACUAAAGGACGGCGCCCGCCAACCCUUCAAAGGCCUCCUCCUCCGCCUCAAAGACACAGACCUAACCCCAGAAGCCUUCACCACCCUCGCCGCCGGCGCCACCUUCGAAACCACCUUCGACAUCGCCACCGUAACCGACCUCUCCUUAGGCGGCACCUUCUCUCUAAUCUCCUCGGGCGCCUUCGCCUUCCCCUCCGCCUCCGGCACAACCCUCUCGUCCCAAAAACUCCCCUACACCUCCAACACCCUCACCCUCACCAUCGACGGCGCCGAAGCCGCAAAAGUCGCCCCUGCACUUAAAGACCUCGAUAAACGCACCAUCGUCUCCUCCUGCUCCGGCAGCCAGGGCACAGCACUCCGCGCUGCGCUCCCGAGGGUUGUGAGCUUGAGUAAUGCGGCGGCGAGUGCCGUGGGUACGAAUAAUGCGAAAAUGAAUGAGUAUUUUCAUAGCACUACUGCUGCUACGAAGAAUGUGGUUGCUGCGCGCUUUAGGGGUGUGGCGGCGCAGGCGGGGACGACGACGAAUGUGAGUUGUGCCUUUACCUCCUUCCCCGUCUUUUUUCCUCUCGCUGCUGGGGUCUCUCUCUUGGUAGAGGUGGUGGAGGUGCCGUGGGGUUUGAGGGAGUGGAUGGCUGAUGUGAAAACAGCUAUUCCUUCGCAGAAUCUGAUCGCCAAUUGUAAUAUCUACUACAAUCUUCCGCCUUUGACGAAUCAGUGCCAUCGUCAGGAUCAGGCGACGACCAGUCUGCAUGAGUUCACGCACGCGCCAGCUACGUAUUCGCCCGGUACCCAGGAUAAUGGGUAUGGCUAUGCGGCGGCGACGGCGUUGAAUACGCAGCAGGCGAUUAAUAAUGCGGAUACUUAUGCCCUUUUUGCUAAUGCGAUUUAUGUGGGUUGUUAG